GACACCAAUAAAAGUGUAGGUAGAUUGCGAGGAUCUUCUGCUUCAUAAACACCAAUUCUGUAAUCCACGAGCCCUCACCAUUCAGCAAUAACUAUUUAUUGUUAAUGUUAGUCAAGCAAAACACUUGUUAGAAAACACGGUAGGGACACAGGCUGUCUUGUUUGUAUGGAGUUCCAACCACGAGUAGUUUUUGUCAAUGAAGACGAUUUAAGCACCUCGUUACCUCCAGGCAGGGCUAUAGUAAACUGCAGACGGUCAAUUAUUCUGAAAGUGGACAGACUUUGAUUUGAAUUUUAGUUUUAUUUUUGGAGAUUUAAAGUUUUUUGAAAAAAAAAUCAUUUUUGAAAAAAAAUAUUUUUUAUUUUUAUAUAUAUGUGAAAAAAAUGAAGAAACUUCUGCAGGAAUUAUGAUGUGAGUGAUAUGUACUUUUAAAUUAAAACUUUUAUACGCAGAUAUAUUUUUGACCAUGGUGAACUUUGUGAGAAGUUUUGUGCAUUUCCAUCCAAUAUGUGAUAUAUUUAAAGUGAUUGUAUAAUUAAUUUAUUGCUGUGAAAUAACUGGAGGUGGACUUUUAAAAUGUGGCAGUAUGUGAAGAUAAAGCCAACUCAACUUUUCCCACAUGGACUUAUCAAAUCCAAACUCUUGCCAAUGGUGCUGUUUUAUUCCAUUUUAGUGGCAUCAGAAGAAUUUCAUAAGUCAGAUACACAAGACUAUGAAAUUGUUCAUCCAAUCAUAUCAGACCUCUCAGGAAAUCCUGUCUCACAUCAUCAUCUCCAUGGCAACAGAUUCAAAAGAGACUCUUCAAGGACAAACACAUUAUACCUCAAUAUCACAGGUCAAGGUCACACAUUUGAAAUGCAGCUGACUGAAAACCAUAACCUCUUAGCUCCAGGAUUUAAAGUUUAUCACAGGAAAAAGAGCAAACAUUCCAAAAAUACCACGGAAACUGUAGAACCUCAAGACGACCAUCUUCCUGCAGCAAACUGUCAAUAUUCAGGAAAAGUGCAUUCUCAUGGUGGAAGGGCUGCUCUGUCAUUGUGUAAUGGCUUGAAUGGAAUCAUAAGGAUUGCAGAAGAGGACUACAUCAUAGAACCCUACAAACAGCACAAGGUCAGGCCCACAUUUGAUCCCCUCGCUGGGCCCCAUAAACUGUACAGAAGGUCUACACUGGCAGUCAGACAGACACAGUACUGUGGGAAACCUCAAAGAGAUAAGAGGAGCACAUCUGUAGCCAAAGGUGAUGAGGACUUUAAGCUGUCGGGGGAGAAUUUGACUGAGUCCGUAGAGGGGGCAGAGCCUCUGUGGAAGAAGUACCAGAGAGCCAUCACGGAACAUGAGGAGCGGAUCGUGGAAACUUUGGUGGUGGUGGACAAGAUUAUGUACUACAAACAUGGCAAAGACAACAUCACAACUUUCACUCUUACUCUUUUCAAUAUGGUAUCGGAGCUUUUCACUGAUCCCAGCCUGGGAGAUAACCUGAAUAUCGUUCUGGUGGGGCUGGUCGUGUUGGAGGGAGAUGAGCCUGGGUUAUCUAUAGGAUACCAUGCUGAUACCACUCUGAACAGCUUCUGUUCCUGGCAGUCUGUUUUAGUGGGAGCCAGUGGUAGACAACAUGAUCAUGCCAUACUGUUAACUGGACUGGAUCUCUGCUCCUAUAAAAACGCCCCCUGUGACACACUAGGUUUUGCUCCUAUAGAGGGUAUGUGCAAUAGAAUUCGAAGCUGUACUAUCAAUGAGGACACAGGACUUUCAACAGCCUUCACCAUUGCUCACGAAAUGGGUCAUAAUUUUGGAAUGUUCCAUGAUGGGGAGGGUAACCACUGCACUAAGACCACAGGGACCCUGAUGUCCCCUACACUGGUCAGUAAAGAUGGACAGUUCCACUGGUCACUCUGCAGUAAAACCUACCUGAUGAAAUUCAUGAACACUCCACAAGCAGAGUGUCUGGCAGACAAACCUACAAAAGUCGCUGAGUUACAGUUCCCAGAGAAACUUCCCGGGGAACUGUAUGAUGCUGACGUUCAGUGUAAAUGGCAGUUUGGGAGGAGGGCCCAGCUCUGUACAUUAGACUUUGGUAAAGAUAUCUGUAAAUCUCUGUGGUGCUUUAGAGGUAGAAAGAGAUGUGAGACAAAGUUCUUACCAGCAGCAGAGGGGACCUCGUGUGGUUAUGGAAAGUGGUGUAGAAGAGGAGAAUGUGUGGAGUUUGGUCAGGACGGACCCUCCCCAAUAGAUGGUAGCUGGUCCCAGUGGACCCACUGGACAGACUGUAGCCGGACCUGUGGGGGAGGGGUUACCAUGAGGGAGAGGCAAUGUAAUAAACCACUACCACAAUAUGGAGGGAAAAACUGUGAUGGAGAAGCAAAGGUUCAUAAAUUGUGCAACUCUAAGCCUUGUCCAGAGGGUGAUGCUGAUUUUCACAACAAACAAUGUCAGCUGUACAACGAGAAGCCAUUCAGAGGCUGGCUGUUAGACUGGAGGCCGCAUCCUAAGAUGUAUAAUGCACAGGAGCCUUGUGUCCUAUAUUGUUUAGCAGAGACCAGUAGUUAUGUGUUCACAAUAAAACACACAGCCACAGACGGAAUGAAGUGUGCUGGAGACAAAGAAAUCUGUGUGGAAGGGACUUGUCAGCCAGUAGGAUGUGAUAUGCUUGUUGGCUCAACUGCAGAAAACGAUAUCUGUGGAGUGUGUAAGGGGGAUAACUCUUCCUGUCGAAUUAUUCAGGGAGAAUAUUUGGAGCAGCCCAAACUUAACACUUACUUCCCAGUGGCUAUAAUACCCAAAGCCAGAUCAAUCAAAAUCUCAGAGAAGAACCUGUCCUCUAACUACCUGGCGGUCAGGGACAUUUUUGGUCAGUACUACCUGAACGGUCACCAGCGCGUGGCCUGGCCGGGGGAGUAUGUACUGGGGGGAGCUAAGUUCAUCUAUAAAAGACCCUACAACGAGCCAGAGACCCUGGAGAGUAUUGGGCCAUUGAGAGAAGACCUGGUUCUGGAGAUACUUGUCCAGGAUGAGAACCCCGGGGUCCAGUAUAAGUAUGCCAUUCCUCGUCAGAUCUCCCACCUGAUCAGCCAUGCCCCGGUAGAUAACUACACCUGGAGUGUUUCAGCCUCGGCCUGCUCUGAACCCUGUGCUGGAGGUAAAAAGAAUGUCAGUGCCAAGUGUCUGAAAAAUCAUUUCAAAGAAGUGAAUGAAUCUCUGUGUGACCAAAGCAAAAAAACAGAAACUGGACUAGUGCCAUGUAAUGAGCAACCAUGCCCUCCAAGAUGGGUCCCAGAGGAAUGGAAUUCUUGCUCCAAAUCUUGUGGGAAGGGAAAGCAGAGGAGGAAAAUCUUUUGUCGGAAAAGAGUUUCAAAAAAGCGUGAUAAAAGAGUCAAGAAAUCCAACUGUAAAAGUUUGCCAAAACCUGUGAGGACUCGACGAUGUAACUUACAGGAAUGCCCACCAGUAUGGAGAGUGGGCAAGUGGCACAAGUGUUCAGUCAGCUGUGGUACUGGUACACAGGCCAGGAAAGUGUUCUGUAAAAGUAAAGGCAAGAAGGCCAAGAGACAGCCCGACCACAUGUGUAGUGGACACAAGCCUCCCAGCAUCCGACCCUGUAAACGGUCACUCUGUCCGCAGGACACCAUAUUUGAAUGGCACUUAUCUCCAUGGGGACCAUGUUCCCAGACUUGUGGGCCAGGAGUCAGACAGAGGUACCUCGUGUGUAAGAGAGUGGAUUACCGCGGAAACACCAUUGCUACUAGAGAUAAAUACUGUAAGAAGUCCAGUCGUCCGAGAGUACCCACAGAGGAUUCCUGUAAACUGAUGGUCUGUCCUCACAAAGUCAUCAAUAGGCCCAAAUGGAAGGUGUCCCCAUGGUCACAGUGUUCGGCAUCCUGUGGGGAGGGUCAGAAGAGUCGUGAUAUUAAGUGUGUGGAUGACUCGGGACAACAGACGCUGGGGUGUGACCUUGACAACCGUCCAGCUACCUCACAACUCUGUAAAAAUGGAGCCUGUCCAACCAAUAGCACUGACUAUGCAGACUGCCUUGACAGAUACACAUGGUGUCACUUGGUGCCUGAACAUAAAGUCUGUGAUCAUGAAUUCUACGGCACACAUUGCUGUCUAUCAUGUAAAACCCAUCGGUGACACCUACUGCUGCAGUAAGCUGCAUCCAUUAUCUCGCUGUGAUAAACCCCUGCACAUGCUAUCCCUGUGGUAACUCAGAACCCAGUGUUUUCCAGUCAAAGCCAAAGUUCUUCCACACCCUACAAUGUUAAUUCCUAUGCUUUUAUUUGAACAAAUUGCAGGGAAACUGUGAAACAUGCAGAAAUUUCAAUCUAUGGAACACUUGAGGAAAAUGAAAGCUGAUUUCUUUUCUGGAGACUCUUUUGUGCAGUUGUAAUGUAUUCGUUGACAAGAAAGACAACUCAGUCUAGGAGUGAAGAGUGUAUAGGUGUAAUAUUCCUAGUGGCUAAAGACACUUUUGUGCUCUAGCAAUUUUAGUACAGGACAGUUGAAUGCAUUUCAGAGACACAUAAACAUUCCACAAUAUCAUCUAAAUUUAUCAGAGUUGUACACCUGUUAUUGUGUUAACCAUUCCUCUUUGUUUGCAAUAAGUCCUCAGUAAGAUAUUGUAAAAGUCUAUGUUUAAUUUAAUCAGUCACCUUUUUCAAAAGUAUUAAUCAUUCCCCCUUUCAUUCCAGUUUAGUACUUAAUAUACUUAUUGUCAUUCAUCAAUGAUCAUUCCAUAUUUUUGUUAUUUAUUAAAUAUAAAGGUUGGAUUAUUUGUUCACAAACAGAAUUUUCAUAUACAUAUCAAAAAUGUUUUUGUGAAGAUCAUUCACAUGAAAUUUAUUCCAUAUUUUCAACCCUUGACGUUUGAAUUUUUGAUGUAAAAGAGAUGCAAUGUAGUCAGCAUGUUAUACAUGUAUACAUUUUGGUAUAUAUUUUUAAUUUUGUAAGGUUUUGAAGCUGCUAAGAUAUUGAUUAGUUAUAAUCACUCAGCAUUAUAAAUGGCCAUGUUUUUUAAGUUGUUAUACAUAUACACAGAUAAUUUUUAUUUACACGUUUUACAAUACACAAAUUGAUCUACAGUAUACGUACAACCUACACAUGUACAAUAUUUUAAAUUUUCAUAUCAAAUACAAAUGUACUUGCAUUUUGAAUUUAAUUGUCUGUUUCAUUCAAAAGUAUUUUUUCCUCAAACUAUUUUGGAUUGAUAUGCAUUUAAUACAACCUAUAUCAUUUAAAACUUAACAUAUCAAGAAAAAAAAACAAAGUCUUUAAUAUUUAACUCUGUAAUCAGGAAUUUUAAAUUUAAAUUUUCUUACCUGCAAACUUUUACAGUUGUCAGACAAUAUUGAAAAUUAAUUUGAAGGAAAAAUUUAUCUCUGUUCUAAAAUAGUAUGAAUUGUAUAUAUGUAUUUACUUCUUAUAUAAAUGACAAUAAUAAUGAAAAUGGUAUGAUUUCUGUUUUAAAUUACAACAGUAUUCUUCUUGCAGUUGCAAUUAUUGUCAAGAUUACAUCGUAUUCCAUCUUGACAAUGAAGUUAUCAAUUUUGUAUGAAAGCAGUUCUUGCAUCAGAGAUGCUUUUUUCCCGUUAUUAUGAUUUAUGAAUGUAUUAUGAUCUCACUUCGUAUGUGUUUUUAAGAUUUUAAAAACUUUAAUAAACCAGCUUUAUUGCUUUAUUAAAAAUUAA